UGCAAACCUGGGUACGAUAGUUUUCCAACAUGGCGGAGUGUUUGGCAUGGUGAAAGGAAUACACAUGAUCAUGGAAAAUCACAAGGCUAAACUGUUGCACAUACUGGAAGAUGCAUUGGGCAUUGAGGCAAUUGAAACUGCAUUCUGUGGGAUGAUUGUGCACAAUGAAGAUCAAGAUAUUAAGGAUCUUUUCCAAAAGGUUUUUAAGCCUUUCUGGGUUGCUGUCCCUGUGGAAGCAAGAGAACAACUUCUUCUUGAUUUUGUUGCAUUCAUAUACAAUGAAAACAAUCCCAGAAGAAUAGACAUUGCCUUCGGUUUGCUUGGAAGUUUAGUUGAAAGUUCAUUGGUCCCUUCCAGGUUGGUUUGUGAUGCUAUUCUUAAGACACCUCAUCUCAGUUUCCAGAGAGAACUCAUGUGGUGUAAAACAUUCCAGCUUCUUUUGAAGAUUAUUGGUGGUGUCGAUUACAAGAGUUGUCGUGACAUUUUAAGUUUGGUGUUUCAAAUAUUCCAUACUAUACCAACUGUUCCCGAUGCUGCACUCACUGAUCGUAUACAAGCCUGUGUUAAGGUUGUGCGUUAUAUUCUGGACAGGAAUGCUUGUCUAUUGCCUGCCUACUUUGUUAUAAAUGAGAUUUACAAAAAUUAUCCUGAGGGAAAAGUCAAGCCUCACUGGGCUAUUGCAAAGUUACUUUCAGAUUUCGUGGAAACAUUCAGGCCUCUUGCCCGCAUGGUGUCUGUGAUAGGUCGCCCAUCCCUUCUUCCCGUAAUUGGUCAUCCUGGCUCAUCCAUUGGUGUCUGGAAACUAGAUCCUAACACACUUAGUUUCCCUCUCAAAGGACUUUUGCCAUAUGACAAGGAUUUGUUGGAUCCUCAAACUAAACUGUUACAGUAUGUCAUUGCUCAGCCAUAUUCCCGUGAUGUUAUCUGUACCAUGUUGGGUCUCAAUAAACAGCAAAAGCAAAGAUGUCCAGCUUUAGAAGAGCUGUUAGUUGACCUGAUAGUUGUUGCCAUGGAAAGAUCAGAGGAGAAUGAAGCCAGCAUGAGUGAAACAGGAUGUCAGUUGCUAUGGCAUCAUUUGUCUAGCCACCUUAUUUUCUUUGUGCUUUUCCAGUUUGCCAGCUUUCCACACAUGGUCUUGUCUCUCUACACUAAGCUAAGUGGAAGAAACCUUAAAAAGGGGAGGGAUCAUCUCAUGUGGGUUCUACUGCAGUUUAUUUCUGGAAGUGUCCAGAAAAAUCCUUUGAGUGAUUUCCGACCUGUAAUGAAGUUGUUUGAUUUACUUUACCCUGAGAAACAGCCAUUGCCACUCCCAGACAUAACUGUGGCAGAUUCAGUUCACUCAUUAGCUAUGGCCUGCAUUUGGGUUCAUUUAGCAAAGAAGGCCCAGUCUGAGGAUGUGACUUGGAGACCUGCUGUUCCUCACACACUUAAGGAUCAAAUUGAGUUUAUACAAAUGUCUUCUAGAACAGCUGCAGCUAACUCAUUCUCCUUGACAAAUUACAAGAUUCCUCUUCUUUGUAAUGCCUACAGCACCAACCCAGAUUGUUUCACUGUACCAAUGGCUGUGCUGGUUGAAAUGUGUUAUGGAAACAACAAAGCAACAACACAGUUACCUGGCCCAUCAAAUACACUUGCUGCAGGGCCUACAGUUCCAUGUCCAAUGAGCCUGUUAGAUUCACUCACUGUGCAUGCAAAAAUGAGUUUCAUUCACAGCAUUGUUAAUCGUAUCAUCAAGUUAGGCAACACACCAUCAUCUUUUGCUCUGGCCCCAGCAUUGGUGGAAACUUACAGUCGCCUGCUUGUCUAUAUGGAAAUUGAGUCACUGGGAAUCAAAGGAUUCAUUAGUUCCUUGCUUCCCAAUGUGUUCAAGAGUCAUGCUUGGGGAAUUCUCCACACAUUGCUCGAGAUGUUCAGUUACCGUCUGCAUCACAUUCAACCUCACUACAGAGUGACCCUGCUCUCUCAUUUACACUCGCUUGCUGCCGUGCCACAUACAAACCAGAAUCAGCUUCAUUUGUGUGUUGAGAGCACAGCCCUCAGGCUUAUCACAGGAUUAGGAAGCUCUGAAGUACAGCCACAACUGUCUCGCUUUAAUGCUGAACCAAAACAGCUUUUGUCUGCUGAAUCUGAGGAACUCAAUCGAGCCCUUGUAUUGACCAUAGCACGGGCUAUGCAUAUAACUUCUGCAGAAUCGAGUGUAAACUGGUAUGAAGGAAUUCUGAGAACUCUGAUCACCAAUACUCCACACAGCUGGGCAAGCCACACUCUGGCGUGUUUUCCUCUACCCCUUCGGCAAUUUUACACGCAAAAUCCUUGCCCUCACGAAACUAAGCAGGCACUGAGACAAAGAGUGGAAGACGAGUACAGAAGAUGGAAAUCAAUGACAUCAGAAACUGAAAUAUUCAAUCAUUUUGCGGAUCCCUCCUCGACAAAUGUUUUCAUUUGCAUUUUGUGGAAGAUGUUACUGGAAUCAAGCCGUCUUAACCCAGUGUGUCACAAAGUUCUGGAACGGCUAGGUGCUCGUGCACUUUCUGCUCAUGUGCGAGUGUUUGCUGAUUACUUGGUAUAUGAGUUUUCUACAUCUGUAGGAGGAAAACACGUUAGCAAGUGCAUUACACACCUUAAUGACUUGAUAUGGAAGUACAAUGUGGUUACUUUGGACAGACUGGUUCUCUGUCUGGCUUUGCGCAGCCAUGAGGGAAAUGAAGCGCAGGUUUGCUUCUUUAUCAUUCAACUGUUGCUGUUGAAGCCGCACGAGUUCAGGACUCGAGUGAACGCUUUCAUACGCGAGAACUCUCCUCAACACUGGCUACAGAAUGAAUGGCAUCAGAAACACAUGGCAUACCACACGAGCUACCCUGAGAGAUUUUAUUUUGAAGGACUGUUGGAAUCUGCUGGAGCGUUAGCCUCUGCACCAACAGUGCAAUACCUGCCCAUCUACUUUGGUAAUGUGUGUCUAAGGUUUUUACCGGUUUUUGACAUUGUCAUUCAACGUUUCUUGGAGCUCGCACCAGUGCACAAGUCAUUGGAAAGUCUUCUUGAUCAUCUUGGCUGCUUGUACAAGUUCCAUGAUCGUCCUAUAACAUACCUGUACAACACGCUACAUUACUACGAGCAAUGCCUGAGGGACAAACCCGCUCUCAAGAAGAAGCUUGUUGGAGCAAUUAUUGGUGCACAAAAGGAUGUCCACCCAGCCGGCUGGUGUUUGUCCAAGGGGUACAUGGAGUACCUGUCCAACUCUGAUGACACGCCCUGGACUCCAGAUCUUGCUUAUUACUGUUCUGUGAUUGGUCGACUCGUGGACACUGUUUCUGGUAAAACUCCACCCCCAUUUCCAGCUUGUGAUUGGCGAUUCAACGAGUUUCCAAACCCCGUUGCGCACGCGCUUCACGUGACUUGGGUUGAACUGAUGGCGUUACCUGUCACAGGACAGGAAGUUGGAGAUGCCUUGUUCGACGUCAUCUUCAAAGGAAGCUACGUCACUCACAAUACUAACAUCCGAGCAAAUAUUGUGGAAUGGAUCAAUGCUGUAGGAUUAGUGUUGUCGUCACUUCCGGAGCCAUAUUGGAGCAUCGUGUAUGAUAAAAUCUGUAUGGCCCUCUUUAAAGAGCUCUCCGCAAGAGACAUAUCAACAACUCCCAUGGCUCUCGAGGACUUGGGUAAAGCCGCUCCAUUCCCCUACUCGUUUCUCGAUUUUUCUACCAACGUAGCCAUGCAUUCAGAGACCAAUGUGGAUUAUGUCUUAGCAGUCACGCAUGCGCUCUGGCACCAUGCAAGUAUCGGUCAACUAAGCCAGGUUCCACAGUUUAUUCGUGACCGCGUGUCACAGCUGGUUACAAAUGAAGCUCAGUUUCUUUACGUAUGCCAUUUGGUUGGACCAUUCCUUCAACGGUUUUUCCAAGAAAGGCCAAGAUGUCUUCAAGAGAUCGUCGUGGCGUUGUACCAUCUACUGGAGAAGAUCAACCGAGAAGUUCAACACAUUCACCACAUUGAUACAAUCUGUGACUUCUUAUACCAUAUCAAGUACAUGUUUAUAGGAGAUGUCAUUAAAGAUGAAGUCCUGAAGAUCAUUCCUCAGUUACGCCAGUCGCUUCAGGUCCGGCUGAGAUUUAUGACACAGAAUGUGAAGAGAGAUGACAAUGCAUAGUCUGCUAUCACUUACCAAUACCACACUAAAAUGCUAAAAGUACUGAAACCUCUUCUCCUUCUCCUUCUCCUCCACUCCUCCAAAAAAACUUGCCCUUCAGAUCUUAAACGCAAUUCUCAUUCCGGACGCAAGCCAUGGGAAUAUAUUUAGUUUUAGUUCUAAAGGAAGAUGUACUGUCUUAAGUUUUGUAGCCUACCUCUUUUUGUAUUUUAUGUUGUUUGUUUUGGACGCAAAUGUGAUAUUUAUAGAGUUUGUUUUGUAUUUCAUAUCAAAUUUAGACCGUUGUGGCGAGUUUUAUCCCCCUUGAAAGAAUAAAACCAACCAUUGUUAAACUGCAAAAUUCUUUCCGAAAAUAAGCCAAUUGAACAAAAAUACUACUUCACAGGAUUAAGCGAAGUGCCUUCUAAUUGAGAGACGAACGAAAGGAAGAAGGAGAGAGAGGAGAGAAACGAGAUUGCCUCAGAACAGUGCACCUUGGACUGAGAUGAACCGUUGUAAAUAGAUAGUAAAUUUAAUUUAUUUGUUAUAAGGAUUUGAGGUAUCCACGUCUCUAAGGCCGUGACUUCCAAUCGAAAGUAAAAUUAUCAGAGCCAGUCACACUGGCCGUAAAAACCGAGCAGACGAAAGCAUAUAAAUAGGUCCUUAAUCCGUA